AUGUCGGGUAUCACGCAGAAGCUUCUUGAGAUCCACCACUCCGGGAUCUUCACGCAGUUCAGCCCGGAAGAGACUGUAAAAACACACGAACAGCUACGGGAAGUGCUCAACAUUGAAAUCGAUAGGCUGACUGAUGUCGAGUACUACGACUUGAUUGAGCUUGGAUUCUACCUGUCCUUGAUCAUGGGCAAGGACAAGGAGUCCAGAAACUGUCUUCAGCUGCUCGUUGAUAAGUUUGGAGACGAUCUGAGCCCAAGAAUUGCGUCUCUGAAGGCCACGUAUCUCCAAGCCACGGAGGGAACACAGGCUGCCAUUGAAUACCUCUCGAAGAGACCAGGUGAUGAGCUACAAAGCCUGAAGAAGAGAAUCUCGCUGAAUAGCUCCAACAGGGACAAGAAAUACGUUGAGCUGUUGCUGGGUCUGCUGGAUUUCACUCCUCUGGACGUUGAAACGUGGUCAGAAUUGGGCGAGACUUACUACCAAUUGGCAAACGUUGACAAAGCGAUAUGGUGCUUCCAAGAGGUGCUGUUGAUACAGCCUUUCAACUACUACGUAUGUGCACGUCUCGGUGAGCUAUACCAUGCCUUGUACCAGAGAGAUCGCUCGAAAAAGACCAACCUCGAGCUGAGUAUCAAGUACUUUGCCAGAAGUGUUGAGCUGUGUUCCAACCUCGUUAGGGGUUGGAGUGGGUUGCUGACGACUACAAAGGAGUCUGGAAAUGACACAUUGCACAAGCUGGCUUCAGACAAGCUGAAGCUGAUUGAGGAAUCUCAAUCUGCUACAAGGGAAGACUUAAAUUUCAUCAAAGAGAUCAAAUCCUUGUCUUGA